AUGGCCGCCACGUUUCGUUCUACCCGCCGACUCCUGACUUCGGCAGCUCUAGUGGUGCUGAUACAACUGGCGUUUUCUAUCGGCACAACGUCGGGACAAACAACUGCAGCAGCGGGUUCUACUGCAGCCCCCAGUACUGCAGCACCCUCCACUGCAGCCACAACUGCAGCACCUGUGCCUCCCAUUCGGUACGAGAUCGUGCUGGUGUACGAGUCCUGCUCCAUCUGGGCUAUCAUCCUGAUGUUGACCAUCCUUGUAGCGGAUGCAAGCAUGAACUACACAGUCGUGAAGCACGUGGCCAGUAUCGGACCCCUGGUCAACCUGAUAAUCGCCGGAACGUGCCUUGUUUUGGCUCCCAUCCCAUUCAACAACGGGAACAGCAGGCAGCCUGGGUUUACCACCGUUAUGAUCCAGGGGUCCAUCGUGGCCGCGCUGAGCUUCUUCGCGGCAUUUGCCGGCUUCUCGGCCAAGAAGCACAUCGGUGACGGUUCCACAAACAAGGACUUCCCGUACACGACCAUGUCCCUCCUCUGCAGCGUGGGAAUGAUGCCUGCCAUCGCAGGAACCAUCAUGUCUGCUAUCGACGUCGCACCUGGUUACCAGUGGCCCGGUAUGAUUAUGGGCUCUAUCUGCACCGGCUUGAUGGCAGGAUGUAUCAUCUGGUACAUCACACGUGCUGUUACCCAUAAGAAGAGAGUCGCCAGAGUUGCUGAGACUACAAAUAAUGUGAGCUUAAAAGUCCAGGAGUAUUAGUGAAACAACAAGGCGACGAGGUGAAGAGACGAAAAACUAAAUCUACCAGAAAAAUCACCCAUCCUUCCAUCAACCCAUCAUUCCGUCCAUUUGCAGUAAAUGAGAACUAUCACCCAUAG